AUGUUUUCCUCGCGCAAAUAUACCCCUUUACCCACUUCUUCAAAUGGCCAACCACGUAAGAGGCCAGGAGGUGGUUUGGCCCAUUGGAAGAAAUUCGCUUUGAUAGGUACAGUCGUUUUGAUAUUACUUGGUUUAGGUUAUACUCAAUUGGGUGAUACUGGAAAGAACGUCAUAUGGAAUGACGAGAACACAUACACUCCAGCUCUGGAAGACGAUAUAGUGUCUGGUGAUGGAACGGAUUAUUCUUCACCUCCUUUCAGACCACUUGAUUCAGAUGUCGCAUCUCCUCAAUCUGAACAUCAGGAUGAAGAAGAUCCAACUUUCCACGCUUUACCCAUCGGUCACUCCAAGCCUUCUGCUUCUGACGAGGAGAUCGAUGAAGAUGUCGCAGAAGCAAAUGAAAAACCUUCCAGUCCUCAUGACCCUACAACUUCCGAAGCUCAAGGCGCGAAACAUGCUUCAGAAGAUUUCACCGAAAUCACAGAUUCUUCAGAUGAAUCGUCAGGAUUACCAACUUCAUUCGAAAAUGAUCCUAAUCCAGCGUCAACAACAGCAUGCUCAUCUCCUCAUUCAGCUGAUAAACCAAUCGUACAAUACGCUUUAACCAUUGACGCAGGCUCAACAGGAUCAAGAAUACACGUAUAUAAAUUCCACAAUUGUGGUCCGUCUCCUCAAUUAGAAUAUGAAACUUUCAAAAUGUUAAACCCUGGAUUAUCAGCUUUCGCAAGAGAUCCAACUGCAGCUGCGGCAUCAUUAGAUCCUCUUCUGAAAGAAGCUUCCAGAGUUGUACCUAAAGAAUUAUGGAAAUGUACACCUGUCGAAGUCAAAGCCACAGCUGGCUUAAGAUUAUUAGGUCAACAAGAAUCAGUCGCCAUUUUAGAUGAAGUCAGAAACAGAUUGGAGACCAAUUGGGACUUUGUCGUCAAUGGAGAAAGAUCAGUAGAGAUCAUGGAUGGUAAAGAUGAAGGUGUCUACGCUUGGAUUACAGCGAAUUAUCUUUUGAACAAAAUCGGUGAAGGUACAAACUCAGAUGAUACUUUAGCUGUAAUGGAUCUGGGUGGCGCAUCAACUCAAAUUGUUUUCGAACCAAAAUUCCCCGCUGAUACAAAUCAAGCUCUAGUUGAAGGUGAACAUAAAUAUCAAUUAACUUUUGGUGGAAAAGAUUUCACACUUUAUCAACAUUCGUAUCUUGGUUACGGAUUGAUGAGAGCGAGAAGAAGUGUACAUAAUUUGAUCGCUUUCACUUGGUCCUUUGGUCAAGGUCAAGUUGAAUGGGAACAUUUGAGCGAAACUACACAAGUACCCAACCCUUGCUUGUCAAAAGGAACGAGCAGAAGAGUUGAAUUAGAUCCUCCAGGAAGACAACCUGUAAAUGUGACCAUGCAUGGUGGGAACGGCGGGUUCGAAGCUUGUAACAGGGUAGUAGAAUUGGUCAUGGCCAAGGAUGCUAUUUGUGAGGUCAAACCAUGUUCAUUCAACGGUGUAUAUCAACCAUCAUUACUUGAUACUUUCCCAAGAGGUCAAUUACUCGCUUUAUCAUAUUUCACAGAUCGAAUCAAACCACUCAUGAGCUCAACUCGAGAGUCAAUACUCACUAUAUCAGACUUGACAACACUUGCAAAAGACGUUUGCGCAGGACCUGAUUCAUGGUCAAGAAGAUUCGGUAAUAACCCAACUGCAAUGGCUGAAUUAGAAGAUCGACCUGAAUAUUGUCUUGAUUUGACAUUCAUGAAUGCUUUACUUGGAUUAGGAUAUGAAUUAGGUCCAGAAAGAGAAUUAAUGGUUGAAAAGAAGUUGAGAGGUGUAGAAUUGGGUUGGGCUUUAGGUGCAGGUUUGGCUUUGGUCGAAAAAGCAGAAUUGACUUGUACUGCUUAA